GCAUAAUACCAGUAUUUCCAGGUUUCGAAGAUCCAGAUUUGUUUCACAUAACUCCAACCAAUGAUGUAGAAGAAUUAGAAAGUACUAAAAUAAAUCCUCUACCAACUAAAGCUUCCGAGAAAUUACCAUCAAAGCCAAAAAAGCCAAAAAAGCCAGUAACUUCUUCUUCGCCUCAACUACAAUCUUCACAUUGUACUUUAGCAUAUCCUGGAUAUUCGCUCAUUCAAUAUGCGUUAAUUAUCGAUGCAGGUUCUACAGGUUCUCGGAUUCAUGUUUAUAGAUUUAACUACUGUAAAUCUGCACCAGAAUUAGAAGAUGAAAUAUUUGCUCAUAUUGAACCUGGUCUUUCUGCAUAUGCUGAUGAUCCUGAUGCAGCAGCAAGAAGUUUAGAUGGGUUGCUAAAAAUUGCACUUGAAAAUGUUCCUAAAGGGUUAUAUAAUUGUACACCGGUGGCAGUCAAGGCUACUGCCGGUUUACGAUUAUUAGGAACUGAAAAAAGUAGCCGAAUAUUAGAAGCUGUUAGAAACCAUUUAGAAAACAAAUAUCCUUUUCAAAUAAUUGAAAAUGAUGGUGUGGCAAUUAUGGAUGGUAAAGAUGAAGGUGUUUAUGCAUGGAUUACGGUUAAUUAUUUAUUAAAUAAAAUUGGCUCAAAAAAAAAAACACCUACAGCUGCAAUUUUUGAUCUUGGAGGUGGCUCAACUCAAAUAGUUUUUGAACCUGGAUCGUUAGAUGGUUAUGAAGUUGCACCUGGAGAACAUAGAUAUGAAUUACAAUACGGUGGGCAUAAAUAUAUUUUAUAUCAACAUUCUUAUUUACAUUUUGGAUUAAUGGAGGCGAGGAAAGCAAUUAUAAAAUUUAUGGUAAAUUUAUGGCGUAGCAAUAUUGGUGGCAGUAAGAAUGAUUUGAUUUCUGAUCUGGCUCUAAAGUAUGAUGGAAACCCUAAAGAUGAACAUCAUAUUCCACAUCCUUGCUUACCAAAAAAUUAUACAGAAUCAUGGCAAUCUGAUAUCAAUAAUAAUGAUGAUAAUGACUCAGUCAAACUCAUUGGCACAGGUGGUGGACAUGCUCAAUGUAGAUUUGUAGCAGAACAAAUACUUAACAAAAAUAAAGAAUGUUCACUAUUACCAUGUGCUUUUGAUGGCAUAUAUCAACCAUCACUUACUGAUACAUUUUCAGUAUAUGAUAUCUAUGCUUUUUCGUAUUUUUAUGAUCGUAUAAUCCCAUUAGGGAUGCCAUCUGAAUUUACAUUAAAAGAACUUCGUGAUCUUACUGAUCAAGUUUGUUCAGGAAAUUAUAAGAUAUUCUCUCAUUUACCAGAAGCUAUAAAGGAACUUAAAAGUAAUCCGUAUUAUUGCAUGGAUUUAACAUUUAUUUACGAACUUUUACAUACUGGUUAUGAAAUGCCUCUUGAAAGGGAAGUAAAGAUCGCAAAGAAGAUAAAAGGAUUUGAAACUGGAUGGUGUCUUGGAGCAUCAAUAGCAAUACUAGAUCAAAACUUUUGGUGUAAAGAACUCUAA